CCCAUCUGCCCAUGUUAGGGACUCUAGAUAAGCGGCUCUUUUACGCAAGCGCCCUCUAGAGGCAAAGAGGGGUUUGCGUCCCAUCGAAUAGCUCCCGUCCCUUCGCUGCUUAACUGAUGGAUGAACUUUAAAGGCUCCUGCGGGGGUGUAGCUACCUCUUUUGCUCCCCCCCCGCGCCGUGACGUCCAGAGGCGGGUUUGCAGGGCUUGCCCGAGCAUGUUGCUUUCGGUUUCCCCGCAGCCCGCUUUUAAAAGCCUGCCGCGCGCAACCCAAAGUCAUCGCUGCUUUUGUUGGAGGAAGUCAGUGAGCUGUAAAUUAUCCGCCAUGGCAGUUCUGCAGGACUUCCAGACAUUUGUCUUCCUCGAUCUUGAAACCACCGGCUUGCCGCGUGACCAGCCUCGCUUGGCUGAGCUCUGCCUCUUUGCUGUGCACCGCCGUUCGCUCCAGCGCUCUCCACUGCUGGGCACCCCCCAGCUACCCCGCAUCAUAGACAAGCUCACUCUCUGUGUUGAUCCCCAAAAGCCCUUCACCCUUGAAGCAGAGAGGAUUACUGGACUGAGCAACCGAAACCUGGAGGAGAAUUGCAAAGCAGAUUUCAACAACGGUGUGGUGGAGAUCCUAAAAGGGUUUCUGCGGCGGCAAAUGGGCCCCGUCUGCUUGGUGGCCCACAAUGGCCUUGGCUUUGACUUCCCUCUGCUUCGUGCAGAACUGUGGCGAGUGGACACUGACCUGCCCCUGAGCACCGGCUGCCUGGACACACUGCCAGCCUUGAAGGAGCUGGAAAGAUCUCCUGGCAUGAGCUACCAGCUUGGGGCACUGUUCCGACAUUUCUAUGGACGUGAGCCCAUUGGGGCCCACUCAGCUGAAGGUGACGUGCUCACUCUUCUGCUAGUGUUCCUUGCCAAAGCCCCUGAGCUAAUGACAUGGGCAGCUCAUAAUGCUCAUAGCUGGGGAAAGAUUCAGCCUAUGUACUCCCUCAGCCUAAGCAGAAGCAGGAACUAAUACCGUGUUUCUCCAAAAAUAAGACACAGUCUUAUAUUUAUUUUUCCUCAAAAAAACAAAACAAAAAACACUAUGGCUUAUUUUCAGGGGGUGUCUCAUUUUUUUCCUUCCUCUUCCUCCCACGGCCAGCAUUGCUGCUGCGCCUAUCACUAUGUCUUAUUUUUGGGGUAUGUCUUAUAUUCCUUGAAUGCUUAAAAAUCCUGCUACGGCUUAUUUUAUGGCUACAUCUUAUUUUCUCAUGCCUGAUGGGCGCAGUUUUUAAAAGGUGAAACCAGUGUUGCCUAAAAAAUGAGUUUUAGCUACAUUUUAGUAGGUUAUUGAAAUUACUUUUGUAACUGCUUUGAAAUAGCUUAGGGGUUUAGAGAAGCCGUCCUGGUUUCUGAUUUGAUCCUGGAAUGUCCUGUUUUUUCUUAGGAUGUCCCUGUUUUCAUUGGAGAAAUGUUGGAGGGUAUGGCAAAGGAGUGUUGUACGGAUAAAAGGUACUAAAUAGAUAUUUGGUGGUAUAAUUUAGCAACGAUGCUUCCCUGAUUCAGAUAGGAUUACCCAGGACAUGUUCUCCCCACUCCAGACAUGUUCUACUGCAGGGGUGGCUAACCGGACUCCAUCACUUCCAUCCAGCAUGGCCAACAGGGAUGAUAGAAAUUUGUGGUCCAGCAACAUCAGGGUGGAGUGAGGGACACAGGUUUCCUGUUCCUGGUCUAAAGGUACUUUGAUGCAGCCACGUUGCUAACAUUAGGCAUGCUUGGGGCCUGAUCAGUGCCUGGGUGGGCUACUGCUUGGAAGCCCCAUGUAUGAUGCUCUGAACUCUGAGGCUGUAGUCCCAUACACACAGUUCUAUGGGGUUUUCUGAGCAGACAUGCCUCAGAUUGCACUGCCAAGGAAACAAAGGAUAUGAAUGUGAUAAAAUGAAUUUACAAGAAUAAUUUAUCCAAACUUUUUUGUAGGGGAAUUCACUUUUAUUUUUUGGGGGGGGGAGGGAUAAGGCACAACCUUCUCCCAUAUGUCUACAGUGGUACCUCCGGUUAUGAACUUAAUCAGUUCCAGAGGUCCAGUCGUAACUGGAAACUGUUCUUGACCUGAGGUGCGCUUUUGCUAAUGGCGCCUCCCGCUGCUGCAGUGCUGCCGGCACCACGACUUCCCAGGGCAAAGUUCGCAACCGGGAGAAUCUACUUCCAGGUUAGCAGAGCUCGUAACCCAAAGCAUUUGUAAGGAGGAUGUUACGUAACCCGAGGUUCCACUGUAUUUACUGAAGUAAAAAGUCUAUUCACUAAUUUUGGUGAAAGGGUGAUGGGGAGAAUUAUUUUUGAAAUAUGCAUGUAUGGCUAUCUUUCUACUGCUCUACAUUAUAAACAAUUGUGAGGUUUUUGCAUUGUCCCUUCUUACCUACAGAAAGACAACAUAUGCCAAGGAUUUUUAUUCUUCCUGAGGUUAUAUGGAAGUAGGAUAUAAUUUAGGUGUCCCAUCAUUUAUAAUUGUAUACAGCAGCUAUUUAAGUAUUAAGAGUAAUUAAAACAUUCAGAACAUACCAAGUUACAUAUGAAUUCCCAUAAUGAACGCAUGUCUCCAUGACAGUAAUCAUACUUAGCAUUUUAGAGUGUUAAUUUCCCAAAUGCAUUGUUAAUCACUGUCCUCUGUAAAGUUGGUCUCUAUUAUUAUCAAUGCACACAAAUGAAAUUUAAGGAACUGGUGUCAAAUCUGAAUGAGAAGUCCUACAAAAUAAAUUUAUGAGGCAGAUAUCGGGGCUUCCUCCUUGGACUCUGUUGGUUCAUCCUACAGCUGAGUUGGGUCUCCCCUCAAUAGCGGCCAGAAUUGAUCUGCUACUGGCAUAGAUUCGGCGCCUUUGAGGACCAUAUUCUCACCAAGCUCAGCUGGUUGGAGCAAGACAAGCAUAGGGCUUGAAAUCUCCUUAGUUCACGUGAACUUGGAAAUUGGAUAUUUGAGCAUGACGUCAAGCAAGCCAGAGCAUCCACAAUCACUGCCUGUUAUUUGGGACCCUCAAAUUAAGGACAACCAUUCAAGGCCUCACUACCUUGAGAUGCUGACUUUCCCACAAUUGCACAGGGCCUUUGUUGAGCUUCGGUUUCAGCAGAUGCCCUCAGCAUCCUUGGAGGCGAGAUACCUUGGAAUGCCUCAGAUGGCAUGGAAAUGCAUUGAUGGAUGUAAUCAAGUUGAGGAUGUCUUGCACCAUUUGUUGAUUUAUCUAUUUUUAUUGGUUCUCAGAUUGAUACCCCCCAGAAGUGAUAGUUAAACUCUCUACAAAUUACAUAUCUGUAGCCAAAUUUGCUUGUUAUAUUAAUGCAUUGCAAUUUUAAAUUUUGUGUUCUAAGCUUCUAUGCUGUAGACUUUUACAGACUUAUGUUGUGUGAUUUUAGAGGAAUGCCUUGCUUUUGCCCUCUGUGUGUGAAGGCUUUGACUAUAUACCCGUGUUUCUCCGAAAAUAAGACAUCGUCUUAUAUUUAUUUUUCCUCAAAAACCCCCACUAUGGCUUAUUUUCAGGGGAUGUCUUAAUUUUUUUCCCCUCCUUCUCCUGCCAUGGCCGGCAUUGCCGCUGCGCCUAUUACUAUGUCUUAUUUAUGGGGUAUGGCUUAUAUUCCUUGAAUGCUUAAAAAUCCUGCUAUGGCUACGUCUUACUUUCGGAGAAACAGGGUACAAUUAAUUUAACUGAAUGAAUGAAUGGAUGCAUAAAAAAAAUUAUCAAUGAAUUGCAGAAUAUGGGUGGGGCAGACUGAAAGGGGCUUACCACUGGCGAUUGCAACCCUAUACCCACUUACCUGGGAGUAAGUCAGUUGAACUCAAUGAACUUAGUUUUGCAUAGACACCAAUAGAUUGUGCUGAGGUAAGUUUUGAACUGGGGACUUCUUAGUUCACAGCUCAGUCUAUUAGCUGCUAUGCUCUCAUAAUAACCACCAGGUGCCUUCCAUGUUCAGUUGCUGGUUGUCAGGACUGUAUUUGCAAAUGGCUAUCUUCCUGCCUAAGUGCAGAACCUUAUAUUUGUCUCUAUUGAAUCAUGCUUUGAUUGGCCUGAUCUGCUGGAUUAACAAAGACUUUUCAAGAAGUCAUUUGUGCUGCUCACCAUUGCAACAUCUUAUGGGCAGUGAAUUACAUAAAUAAUUGUGGGUUCCUCCUAGGAUAUACUUCCUGUUUAUCCUGCAAGCCUGUUGCCUGUAUAUUUCAUUAGUGGCCUGAUUUCUUGUGUGUGCCUCUCAUUUAUUCUGUUGCAAUGCCUAAUAAAAGCUCUUUUUAAAAUUGCUGUUA